GCCUUCAAGACUCCAAGACACCGUUCGACUGCAAAGUGCCAGAGAAACGCUCUACGGCACUGGGCUUUUACACGCCCAUGAAGGCCUCACCGAUGGACAGCCUCUUCCAGCUGGGUGUCACCAGAUACGCGCUCCCCGACAGCAGCAGCAGCAGCAGCGGCGGCGCCAGCAACAGUGGCAGUGGCAGCAACAGCAACAACAGCAGCAACGGCUGCAGUCCAGCAGGUGGCGGAGGCGGCAAGGCAACGACUACGCUGUUCAAUGGAAACGGCAGCAUUGUGGGCAUCGGCGAGGGCCUCAUCAAGGAUGGCGGCGGCAACUGCGCCGAUGAGGGGGACGCAGCGGCGGCCACAAAUGGGGCCGUCGGCAAGAAGGGCAAUUGCGAUGCGGAUGGAGAGGACGACGACUAUCAUCCAACGGCGACGCCCGGCGGUGGAGUUGUUUAUAGCGAGGGCACACAGAAGACGGAUCUAUUGUACUGAUUAGACGACUUACACACAGCUCUCUCUGGAGGAGCUCUCUCUCUCUCACUCUCUCUCCCCCUCUCUAUCUGUAUAUCCAUGGCUCGUUAAUGCAACAUCAUCCCAUUAUAGUCCCCCCGCACCCGCCCCCGCCCCCCCCUCCCUGCUGUCUGAAAACCGUGCGCUUAGGUGAAAUAUCAAUUUCAGUUAUACAUAAAACAAAACAGAAUACGGCAGAAAGAAAAACACACAGAAAGAUACGUAUAUAUAUAUAUAUAGAUAUUAUUUGUAAGUCGUAAGAGCCCUAGACACGAGAUGUGGGUGUGAAUGUCAAUGGCGCGAGAUCCAAACAGAUCUGUGCCUGUGUGUGUGUGUGUGUGUGUGUGCGU